AUGCAGGAAAGCCAAAAGAUCCAGGGAGGCCAUGUUGAGAGGAGCACGCCCAUCAACACCCGACAUGUGACAGAGAAGAGGGCUCCCGGCCCUUUGGUGCACCUUCUCGCUGGCGCGAGCGGAGGCCUUGCUACCGCAAUUGUGACUUCUCCACUCGAUGUUCUGAGGACUCGGCUUCAGUCGGAUUUGUAUCGGACCCCUACACAACCUCUCGCUGCCUUUAACUCGUCGAACCAUACGCUCGUUCAUCAGGCUCGUUCCAGCCACAAAACCAUCCAGAUAAUCAACUCCAUCUAUCGAGUUGAGGGUUGGCCGGCCUUCUUCCGAGGUCUGGGGCCAAGUUUAGCGGGAGUGGUGCCUGCGACUGCGAUCAAAUUUUACGUAUACGGAAACUGCAAGCGGAUCGGGGCUACUCUGUUCAACAAUGGACAAGACUCUAUGUUUGUCCAUGCCCAAGCUGCCAUUCUCGCCGGAAUAGCAACUGCUACCGCCACAAAUCCUAUAUGGCUCGUGAAAACAAGGUUACAACUUGACAGGGCACAGACGCCUGAUGGCUCCCAGGCUCGUCGAUACCGAAACAGCAUCGAUUGUGUCAGGCAAGUCCUACGCUAUGAAGGUGUGAAGGGUCUAUACAGAGGAUUGAGUGCGAGCUAUUUGGGAUCGGUCGAGACAGCACUUCACUUGGUCCUUUACGAACGUCUGAAGUCCAUCUUGCAUCGGUCAGUUGAGGCAACGGACAGGACAAGGUCCCCUGCUUGGAAUGAGCUUGCACAUUGGAUCAGCACGAGUGGUGCCGCUGGUACUGCCAAGUUAGCUGCAGGUCUAAUGACGUAUCCUCAUGAGGUGGUCAGAACUAGAUUGCGUCAAGCGCCUUUGGAGAAUGGCCUUCCGAAAUACACUGGCCUAGUACAGUGUUUCGUGACCAUUGGCAAAGAAGAGGGCCUGGCAGGCUUGUAUGGAGGCUUGACUCCCCAUAUGGUGCGCUCUAUACCAUCGGCUGUCAUUACACUUGGUGUAUAUGAAUUUGUAUUAAGACUUGUUGGCAUGUAA